AUGGCGCGACGGACGCGCGACGUCGCGGCCGUGGCCCGAUGGUCGCCCGCGCGUCGACGUCUUCCGCGCCUCGCGCGCGCGCGUGGACGGCGACGGGUCGACGCGCGCGUGGACGCGCCGGACGAUGACUCGGCCGCGACGUCGCAAUUCUUGCGACUGGUGCGAGAUGACGAGGAUGGGACGUGGGCGUUACAGAGCGCCACCGUGACGCUGCGCCCGCGAUUGGGCGCGCGCGCGACCGCGUCGACGUCGGGAAGGGGAAGAGAGCUCAAGGUGUGCGCGCUGGUGCAUUACGGGGGAGAGGAGUAUUACAGAGGCGUCUCGCGCGACUUCGCGGCGCGCGAACGCGAGGGUGCGGCGACGCUGGUGGAGUUGAUCACGUCGAGGGCGAAUUUGAUCGAUGGAAGCGUGGAUGGGCGUGGGGUUAAAUUGUUCAGGUUGGGGACGGAGUUGGGGCCGACGGCGGAGGCGAAGGCGCUGGCGGCGGCGCACGGAUUAUCGGCGCAGUUGGACGUCUUGGACGCGCGAGAGAACGGAUGGUUCAUCGCAGACGUCACGCGAGAGGAAUUGAUCGCGCUUCGCGAGGAGGCGGGAGAGCUCGCCGGGGGUGGCGGGAAGGCGAAGACGGCGGUGGCGACGCUGCCGCCGGCGCUGGAGGCGAUGGCGGUGACGGCGUUUGGACGCUCAGGCGCGAGAGAUCCCGCGAGGUUGUUCACGCGAUUGAGCUGUUGGCUCGUGCCGUGUCCCGAGGCUCACUUGCUGUUGCUCGAUUGGGUAUGGGCCGGCGGACGGCCGUCCAACGUCUUGGGCGCCAUGGUGGACUGUUGCGCGAACGGCGAUUUGCUCUCGGCGCGCAGGUUAGCAUUCGCGCAGAUGAUCGUCAGCGCGCAGGCGCGCGGACCCGCCGGCGGUGGGUCGGAUGAACCAGUUCUCGUCGCUCGACGAAACGAUGUCGCGAUCGACGGGGUGAGGAAAGCGUUCAACGCCCCCGAAAUCGAUCGCGUCAACCUCUUGUACGGAGGUUUGCACGCGCCCGGAUUAGUCAAAUGCGCCCGCGAUAAGUUAGACAUGGACGUCGUCGACGUCGAGUGGCGAGACGCCUGGAGAGUUCGCCCGCCAGCGAACGCAUCGCCCCUUCGUUACGCCAUCAUCCCGCUUCUUCUCGGGAUAGACGGCACGGAUUGGGCGCAGACGCUCCACGACGCCGUCGUCCUCGGCCCGCGCGCCGGCGUCCUCUCCGUCUUCCUCUACAUCGUCCGCCACGGCGCGCUGUACUACGCCCUCGGUAAGUGGCUCCUCGAGUGGAACCGCCAAUUAUUCGACGCCGACGUCGGGCCUUCGCCCGCUAGCGUCGAUAGGACCGCGUAG